GUUAAACGAGCCAGUGAGGGAGGAGGGGGCCGGCCGCACGCGCCUGCCUGCCUGCCUGCGAGUGAGCAAGCGCGCCGCCACCCAGCGAGGCAGUUGGACGCGCCGCGCGCUCUUCGCGGAGCGCGAGUCGGAAGUCUUUUAGCUAUGUUGUCCUGAACCUGUAGUCUCUGACCUUCCACUUGUUGAUGAUUGCUUCAUUGGCUUUCUAAAGAGACAUUAGAAGAUGAAUAAUCUUUCAUUUAGUGAACUGUGCUGCCUAUUCUGUUGUCCACCAUGUCCUGGAAAAAUUGCUUCCAAACUGGCAUUUUUGCCCCCAGACCCUACAUAUACUCUGAUGUGUGAUGAAAGUGGGAGUCGCUGGACUCUUCAUCUUUCUGAACGAGCAGACUGGCAAUACUCUUCUAGAGAAAAAGAUGCCAUUGAAUGUUUCAUGACUAGAACCAGCAAAGGUAACCGGAUUGCCUGUAUGUUUGUGCGUUGUUCCCCUAACGCCAAGUAUACUUUGCUCUUCUCGCAUGGAAAUGCUGUUGACUUGGGUCAGAUGAGCAGCUUUUACAUAGGACUUGGUUCACGGAUUAAUUGCAACAUAUUUUCAUAUGAUUAUUCUGGAUAUGGAGCAAGUUCUGGAAAACCAACUGAGAAGAAUUUGUAUGCUGACAUCGAUGCUGCUUGGGUAGCACUUAGAACAAGGUAUGGAAUACGCCCUGAAAAUGUGAUUAUAUAUGGCCAAAGCAUAGGAACAGUACCAUCUGUGGAUCUUGCUGCUCGUUAUGAAAGUGCUGCUGUAAUUCUUCAUUCUCCUCUGACCUCAGGAAUGCGAGUAGCUUUCCCUGAUACUAAGAAGACCUACUGCUUUGAUGCAUUCCCAAACAUUGACAAGAUCUCUAAAAUAACAUCUCCAGUGUUAAUAAUCCAUGGGACUGAAGAUGAAGUGAUUGACUUUUCGCAUGGCCUAGCGUUAUUUGAGCGCUGCCAAAGACCUGUGGAACCACUGUGGGUAGAAGGAGCAGGGCAUAAUGAUGUUGAGCUUUACGGACAAUAUCUUGAAAGAUUAAAACAGUUUGUAUCACAGGAACUGGUGAAUUUGUAAAUUGCUUUAUAUAGUUAGUUGCUGUUGAAUUUUGUUGCACAACUGCACAACUUGCUAACCACAGCAUAAAACCUGAUGGAUUUGUUUUCAAAUCGGGUCAGUUGCCUUCAUAAAUGUACAGGUAAUGAUUUGUAAACACAAUUAAUGAAGGUUUAAUACCAGUACUAACUGGAACAACAGAUGAUGAAGACGAGCUUGUGCAGUUCAUAUAUUUUGUGCAAGUUUUCGUAGACUAAACAAGUCAAUUUGCAAGUUUUCUUAAGAUGUAAAAAAAAAUCAUAGGGAGGAAAAUGAAAUUUUAAUUAUGUAAAAUCACAUGCUGUAAGUGUUGCCAAAUGCUUUAGCAUAUCAGAAGUUUAUAUACAAUAUUUUUUAAAACAUCUCAAAGUGUACUGUGACUUAUUCUGUUGCACAGGUGUAAUUGAAGCAAUUGUAAAGUACAAAUAGCCAUUACAUUUGAAGGAAUAAGAAAGAAGAAUGAAACUGACUACUGGAAUUUACAGGCCCUGUUAUAUAGGGAGCAAGUUCAAACAAGUGUGUUAUUACCUUUCAUGUCUUUAUUCUCUCUUCCUGGAUGAUUAAUGGCCAAAAAAAGCCUAUUUGGCCAUUCAUGUUGCUCUACAAAAACAAAGGCACAACAUAUAGAUUCUCUUAUAACCAGUCCUAGUAACAAGGUCCGUAUUAAAGCAACUAAAUAUAGUACUACAUAUGGUUUCUCUGAAAUCAGUAUGAUAUGUAAAGAUCUUUGUAUGUGGCCAUCUUGAAAUGAUCAUGUAAAGUAGAAGAACUUAACAAAUAACCCUAAUAUGUAUCUGAUUUUUAUACUGGCAAACAUGCAAAGUUGCAGUUGUCAUUUCAAAUUUGAUUUGAAGGUUGUAAGUGUAGAACUAACUGUUUCAGUUAUUAUGAGAAUUCUGCUAAUGUACUCCUAUAUAGUGAAACGAAUGUUGACAAUUAACUCAUAGUAAAAUAAGUUGCCUUUCCCUUGAAUAAAUUUUGCUUGAAUAAACUAGACCUAAAAUGUAGCCUAAUUUGUAAACAAAUUAAUUCUUCAAUACACACUGUGCUUCUAAUUUUAAAGCCUUACAUAGUUUGCUUGUUCUGCUAGUUUUUGUGAUUGUCCAAGAAUAUUGUAUAAUGUAUUAUGUAUUGUGAAUACUUAGGUUCUGAUGUGUUAAGCUCAAAUAAGAGAAAUUCCACACACUUAAAAUGAGUCUCUUCCAAACUAGUCUAUUCUAUGUGACAAGGGGGAAAAAAGCUAGAAUAGCACAAUUCCCAACGUGACAAGACAAUUCUGCCAAAAUCUGCAGCUUCCAUUAUCCUGACCUUUCUUUUCUUCAUUUUCAUCAUUCACUUCUACUUUAGACAGUCACCUUGAUCCAAGGCAUUCUGUUAGUCUGUACUUUGCUUAAAUGAAGUAAGUCAUGCUGGCUUCUAAUUAGAGAUCUGGAUAGCUUUUAUGUCUUAAUAAAUGAAGGACUGAACAUAUUAAGGGGGAAACCACUUGGAGGUUGUCAUAGUUGCUAUAUUUAAAUGUAAUGCCAAAACUCAAUUGAAAUGUGAUAAUAUAGUUACACAUUUGUACACUUCUCCAUGUACAGGCAAAAGUGCUGCCAUGAUCACAAUAGCUAUAGGCAGUUUUCCCUGUAUUGUCCAGGUUACACAGAGUUUUUUCCCCGUGGCAAAAUUGGCUACACAGGUAGGGCUGGGUUGUGUGGGGAGGAAAGGCAACCAGUUUACAUCUGGAGUUGUAUUGAUAAAUACAGCUUUCUAUUAUUGCUGAUCAAAAGCACCCUCACUGUAUUUUUUACAUGUGCUUGUAUGCGUGCACUCUCAAGGUAGAUACCUUUAUGGUUCCAUUUUUGUUAAAUACAUUAAGGCCACGAAUUGGCAAUGUGUGUACCAGCUUUGCUUCACACUUCAAAACAGUUUGAUCUAGGAAAAAUUACUUGGCAUAUGAUAUUAAGUGCCUGUGUCAAUUUUGGUGGCUUCUAAUAGAGCAAAAAUAUGCAUACAUCCAUAACAGUAUGACUCUUUGAAAGUGUAACUGAACUUAUUGGGGUUAUCUUAUAGGGUACACAUGAAUUUUUUAUAGGUUUAAUCUCUACACAAGAAGAGAUUCUCAUGCCCUAUUCUACAGUACUAAAGCAGCAAGUUUAUUAUCCUUAAUGGAAGAAGGAACCUGUUUAGUCCGUACUUCACUCCGCUAUUUAAUAAUUUGGAGGGAACAAUGCCUAUAUCUUCAAAUAUCAACUUUCUGCUUGCAAAGUGGCAUCCCUGGAACACUGAACUUACUGUGAGCCAGAUGCCAUGUUGGUAACAAGAAGGGGAAACUGGCCAGAUUAAUUGCUGGGACUGGAAACAUUAACUGUCUACUUCUAGAUCAAAUCAUUACAAGAUUUUUAGAAGUGUCCAUUCUUUGUUUACUGUUUUUCAUGAACAACUCAAAAUAUUAAUAAUUGUACACUUAAAAGCGGUUCCUACAUAAAUCCUCUUAAUUCCAGUGCUGGCCCAUAUUGUCCUUCACGUAAGUUUGGGCUAUAACUUCAUUUUUAGGUAAUGGUGUCUUCAUUUUUUAGAAACAUUUUCUUAAGUAGCUAAAUACCUGCUGUAAGAGGGGGGCUGAGGAUAGAAGCUAUAUUAUUCCUCUGUACUUGAAAUGUGAAAUUCCACUUUGUGUUUGGAUGAGACAAAAUCAUGUGCUGACUGCUUGUAAAUUCACUGUAGGGCAGCUGCAACUAUGUGGUUCAUCUUUAACUUGAGCUUGUGUGACUUUUAUUAUCCACACACAAAUGUACACUUCAGAUUGUGGCUGUGGAAAAAUGAGAGAGUUUGCCUCCCUAUGUGAGUUGAGGCUGCAGACAACCAGCUGUAGUCAUGGUUGGUUGUCUUGCAGUGAGUUUACAUGUGGCUGCUAUGUGAUGUAUUCAUCUGUAUCUACUCUGGAGGAUUUUGUGUGAAUAGUGGCCCAUUUUGUUACUGGCCAGUAAAGGGGCAGGCUUCAGGCUGCAGCCUGGGGGUGUGAUCAUAAUUGCUAAUGGAUAAGGCUAGAAUAGCAUGCAACUUGUUCCUUUUUAUGUGUAGAAACACACCGAAUGUUGCCUUGUGUCUAGUUCCUUACUCCUUUUGACUGACAUAGCUCAUAUGUUGAGCACAUUAGCUUCUGUAGAUUGGGGGAAUGUUGAUUCCAUCUAGUAAUUGAGGCUACCAAAAUACUAAACCUAUUUGAGAAAACAAGACAAAACUAUGUUUUGAUUAGUAGAAUCAAAUUGUUUUAAAUCUAGUUUUGCAGAUAACUUUUAGGAGGAGGUGGGUGAAGAAACCCUCCCCCUUUCUUUGUUUAAGAGAGGUCGUUUCUUCUGUCAAGAGGUAAGUAUGACUUCUAAUCCAUUUUCCUUACAGUAGUACUCGGUAUGGGUGUUAAAACCAAGUCCUGCUAAUUCCCAGCAUUACCUCCACAACACCAGGUAUGAUCUGAUGCUGAUUCUUAACUGAGACUUCUUCUUAUAGGGCUACUAGUGAGCAAUCUGGUAAAUGGAGAUAAUCACUGUCUCAGGUGAGAAGCCAUUGACCCAGAGAGGCUUGCCACCUUAUUUUGGACUGGUGCUAAAAAAAAAACCUGCAGUGAGGGAGGAAGCAGCAUGGAUUAUAGACUGAACUGCUUUUCACUUCUUUGAAGCAUCAAGCUGGGCAACACUAAUACUCAUAGUUUCGGGGAAAUAAAGGCAUGCUAUCAAUUUGAAUUCUGCAGCCUGAAAGCGAAAUGGUCACAUACAAUCUGGUUUCAGGCUGAGAACUACCUCAAAUUAUUCGGGUUACUUAGAGAUAUUUUGGACCCCAGCAGAAGGAAAUGUGUUAAAGUUAUGGAUGUUGCAUUAUUACAGAAUCUAAACCAUAAUUUUUCCAUGAACAAUACAAGAAAUUAUCCAAAAUAGCAGCUACUUGCAUUGAGUUAAAGGUAAAAGAUUUUAAUGUGUUUACCAGCUGUGGGCUAACUUAUUUGCCUGUGUUCUUUCCUUUCUUGUUAAGAUUUGGAUCAAUAGUUAAGUCAGACCUAAGCUUUAUUCACUGUUAACUCUGUACAAAACGUCCGCUGAUAAUUGUACAUUAAAACAAUUCAAAUAAAGCCCAGCUUUUAACUAGA